AUGGUCGGCCAUGUGGAGCCACUGCUUUCCGAGUACAAGGCACUGGUGCUGACAUACGAGGUGCUGAAGGAGGGUAUCCGCAACAAAGAUGCAGCUGCUGUUUCGAGGGUCAUCACUGAGUCACUUGAAGGCCACAAGUGGAAAUCUGUGUGGCCGUCAUAUGGACACCUCGUGGAGAGGCACCCCUACCUGUGCGUGGGCGUGUACGACCUGACCGUUCCCAACGUGACGGACCUUCUGAACGAGUACAAGGAGCUGGUCCUAAAGUACGAGGUUCUGGAGCUGGCGCUGUGCAGGAGGGAGGAGCAGUACUGGGACAGUCUGGCCGAUAAAGACCUCGCAAGCAUAUGCUCGGAGGCGCGGUCAGAGAACCCGAAAAUGGACCGCUUGGAUUCCAUUGCCUCUGAGCCCACGGACCUGGCGGAGCAGCUCAACCAGCUGAGAGCAGAGGUCAGCCUGCCUGCCACAUCGAACGGCGAUGGGAACGAGACAGUGGCUGGAGGGAAAAGGUCUAGGGGGCAGGGGGAGAUGGAAACGGGGCAGAGCCAAGUGGGGAGGCAGGCCAUCUCAGGGGGAGCGUCAGGGAGUGAGAAUCCCCCGCAGCCAACAUUCAGCGGGUCGCUGAUGGACGCCCCCGUGCCGAUGCCUGAGCCCAGCUCAGCAGAUCUGCCGGAUUUGCUGAGCGGCAUCGAGUCGACUGAUGUGCAAGUCGGUGUCCUGCCAAGUGACCAGGCCAGGGAAGCGGUGCCUGGGGUUGGAAGGGAGGCAGAUGGGCGGUUGGCAGGGUCCGCUGCUGCAGUAGCGGAGGCCGAUUCUGCGCAUUUAGAACAAGGGGCUGGUUGUGAUGGUGGAGGCGCCGCAGGGGAGUCUGCCGGUAGGGAGGGGGGGGAGGAGAUGUUUGCUGGGCUGUCUUUGGCGAACUCAGGGGAGGAGCAUCCCAGCGUGAACAUCGACCCUGGCCAUGAUCCUGUGGAUGCCCCCGUUGCGGGUGUGGCCAACAUGGAGCCUCAGGCCGGGGCUUGA